AUGUAUUACACUGAAGUUAUCGAUCAUCGUCGUAUUGCAGAAUAUAUGUUUAUGAAACGGUAUACAUUACUAAUUCAACAAUGUUUACUGAAUUGGAAAUAUUAUAUUACAGUUAAACAAGCCUUAUAUAUGAAAUCAUUACAUUUCAAAGAAUCUCUUAAGAAUAAACUUCGUCAACAAUAUCUUCAUCAAUGGUUAGAUAAUCUUCAUUAUAAAAAGUCAAUAGAAUGUUUGAUUAAUCAUUUCCAAGAAGUGAAAACUAUACAAUUCAUGAAGAAAAUAUUUGUUGCAUGGUUUAAAUGGGUUCGAACGCGUCAUACACAUCAAUUACAUACUCAAAUGAUUUUCAAUCAUGCUGUACAAUUAUUACAUAAUCUUAGAAUUCGUUUAUACUUUAUUCAUUGGAAAUCUACUCACAGGUAUUAUUCAAAUUGUCAAUUAGCGCAAAAUUUGUAUUCAAAGCAUAAGCUUAUUCAAUGUUUCAGUGCUUGGUUAACUUAUAUUCUCAUCAAGAAAAAACGAAUGAAAUUAAAGUAUAUUGCUGAUAAUUAUCGGAAUCAAAGUAUUCAAAAUUAUGUCCUAAAGUAUUGGCAUAGCAAAUUCAUUGAAGCAAAGCAUAUGCAAACAUUAAACUAUAUCGCUGUUGUUAGAUGGUCAUUAUACCUACAAGCUCGUGUAUGGCAAGGAUGGCGUUUAUGGAUUAUAAAACGUAAUGAAAAGAAAAGUAAACGUGUUAUUGCUAUGCAACGUUUUAUUCAACAUAGAACUGUAGAUGCUUUACGCUUAUGGAUAUCAAUGGGCUUAUAUCGACGUCAUGAAAGACACUUGGAAUAUUGUUCUAAAUUUUGGAACAAUAAUUCACGUGUUUUCAAUUUAAUCCUGAAUAUCACUACACAUUGGUAUUGGUGGACAUUAUCACGAAUGGAUUAUAAGCGAUCAAAUGAAAACAAAUCUACUUUAUGUUGUCAAGAAGAGAUUUCUUCACUAACUCAUAACUAUAAUCGUUUGGAUAAAUGUUUACAAUUCAUCAAUAAUAUUCAUAUAACGCAUAAUGGUGAUAUAAUGUUUGGUCUGAGGAAUCAUCAUCAACUAACACCUCCGCGUUAUCCUGAUUUUAUCCUAUCAGAAUUACAAUCAUUGCAAUUCACUGAUCAGUUUUUGCCUAUAUCAACUGAUAUAGGUGAAUCGGAUAAACAGAUGCAUUACGAAACGUUGAAUCCUGAUGAAAUACGGUGUUCUACUCCUAUAUGUUUGAGUAGAUUGAGAGUUCAAGAUAUCAACUUAUAUAUAAAUUCACUUGAAGAGAAAAUUUACAACUAUAAAAUGAUGAAAUCAAUGUAUACAAUAAUGAGGAAACGGUUUCAUUUAGAGGAUAGACAUAGGAAUGAAGUAAACAAUAAUGAUGAGAAGGUUAUAUCCUUACGAAAACGUAUUAAAGAAGAAAAAGCUGAAUGCAUUUCACUUAUCAAAGAGUUACGUCUUCUCUUCAAACACCAACAUCAUCAACAACCUUAUCAAUAUGUAACCUAA